AUUCAAGCACCCCACCGAGAAACUCAAAAAAUCCAAUCAUACACACAUUUUACGCCCUCUCUCUCUCUCUCUGUAGCCUCACUUUCUCUCUCUAAAUUCUAGAACCCUAGGUAUUCCACAUCAACCGCCACCGAUUCAAUCCUGUCCAGUCCAUUUCAUCCAUGGCGGACGAUCCAGUCUCCGCGCCAUCAGCAUCACCGUCGACCUCAUCGGCGGCUGCGCCGCUGGGGCACUCGGUGAUCCCCAUAGUGAACAAGCUGCAGGACAUCUUCGCGCAGCUCGGGAGCCAGUCGACCAUCGAGCUCCCACAGGUGGCGGUGGUCGGCAGCCAGAGCAGCGGCAAGUCCAGCGUGCUCGAGGCCCUCGUCGGCCGAGACUUCCUUCCCAGGGGAUCCGAAAUCUGCACUCGGAGGCCGCUCGUGCUGCAGUUGUUGCAGACCAAGCGGAAGCCGGACGGGACGGAUGAGGAGUACGGGGAGUUCCUCCACUUGACGGGCAAACGGUUCUUCGAUUUCUCGGACAUUCGAAGGGAAAUUCAGGCUGAGACAGAGAGGGAAGCAGGAGGUAACAAAGGUGUCUCGGACAAGCAGAUUCGUCUGAAGAUUUUCUCACCAAAUGUUCUUGAUAUCACACUUGUGGAUCUACCCGGUAUAACAAAGGUUCCUGUAGGUGACCAGCCAUCUGAUAUUGAAGCACGGAUUAGGACAAUGAUCAUGUCAUACAUUAGAACGCCAAGUUGUCUAAUUCUGGCUGUUACACCAGCAAAUUCAGAUUUAGCGAAUUCAGAUGCUCUUCAGAUUGCAGGAAAUGCUGAUCCUGAUGGUCAUAGAACUAUAGGUGUAAUCACAAAGUUGGAUAUUAUGGAUAGAGGUACCGAUGCCCGCAAUUUGUUGCUUGGAAAAGUGAUUCCCCUCCGACUUGGAUAUGUGGGAGUUGUGAAUCGUAGUCAAGAGGAUAUUAUGCUCAACCGGAGUAUUAAAGAUGCACUUGUGGCUGAGGAAAAGUUCUUCCGCAGUCGUCCAGUAUAUAACGGUCUAGCAGAUCGUUGUGGAGUUCCUCAGUUGGCAAAGAAGUUGAACCAGAUUCUAGUACUACAUAUCAAGGCAGUGCUUCCUGGGCUGAAGUCACGCAUAAGCUCUACACUGGUUUCGGUUGCCAAGGAGCACGCAAGCUAUGGAGAAAUCACUGAAUCAAAGGCUGGUCAGGGAGCUCUUCUUCUUAACAUUCUUUCAAAGUAUUCAGAAGCAUUUUCUUCAAUGGUGGAGGGGAAAAAUGAAGAAAUGUCAACAGCUGAGCUGUCUGGUGGAGCUAGGAUUCACUAUAUAUUUCAACAAAUCUUUGUGAAGAGUUUAGAGGAGGUGGAUCCGUGUGAGGACCUAACUGAUGAUGACAUUCGAACUGCCAUUCAGAAUGCAACUGGCACUAGAUCUGCAUUAUUUGUUCCGGAAGUGCCAUUUGAGGUUCUUGUUCGAAGGCAAAUAGCACGCUUAUUGGAUCCAAGCCUUCAGUGUGCCAGGUUCAUAUAUGAUGAGUUAAUGAAGAUUAGCCACCGUUGUCUAGUGAAUGAACUGCAGCGGUUUCCUGUUUUGAGAAAGCGUAUGGAUGAAGUUACAGGGAACUUUCUUCGAGAUGGCCUUGAACCCUCAGAAACAAUGAUUGGGCACAUUAUUGAAAUGGAGAUGGACUACAUAAACACAUCACACCCAAACUUUAUUGGUGGGAGCAAAGCUGUAGAGAUGGCAAAGCAACAACUUAAGUCUUCUAAGGUCACUCUUCCUGUUUCCAGGCAAAAAGAUGGCGUAGAGCCUGAUAAAGGGCCAACAUCUGAAAGAAGUCUGAAAUCUCGCGCUAUUCUUGCUAGGCCAGCAAAUGGACUUGUGCCUGAUCAGGGUGUUCGCCCUGUGGCUGAUGUCGAAAAGGUUACAUCCUCUGGAAAUACAAGCAGUUCAAUUUGGGGAAUUUCAUCGAUUUUUGGUGGAAAUGAUAACCGUAUUUCUGCUAAAGAAAGUUGGGCAAACAAAUCAUAUAGUGAACCUAUUCAUAACAUGGAGCAAGCCAUCUCUAUGAUCCAUUUAAGAGAGCCUCCAACUGUCUUGAGGCCCACAGAAAAUCAAUCAGAGGAGGAGGCUAUUGAAAUUGCAGCCACAAGAUUGUUGUUGAGAUCAUACUAUGACAUUGUUCGGAAGAACAUUGAGGACGCUAUACCUAAAGCAAUUAUGCACUUCUUGGUAAACCAUACGAAGCGUGAGAUGCACAAUGUUUUCAUCAAAAAGCUUUACAGAGAGAACCUGUUUGAAGAGAUGUUACAGGAGCCGGAUGAGGUAGCAAUGAAGAGAAAGCGCACUCGAGAAACACUCCGAGUUCUUCAACAGGCUUUCCGAACAUUGGAUGAGUUGCCAUUGGAAGCUGAAACAGUUGAGAAGGGUUACAGUUUGGGUGGUGAUCCGACAGGGUUGCCAAAAAUCCACGGACUGCCAACAUCAUCAAUGUAUUCUACGAGUAGUUCCACAGAUUCCUACACAGCUUCUCCUAAAAAUCCAAAGUCCCGAAAGUCCUCGCACUCAGGGGAGCUUCAGCCACCGCUUUAUUCUAAUACAGAUUCUAAUGGAAUCGGACGCGUUUACACGCCAGGUCUCUAUCCGACAGUUGAUUAGUAAGACAUUUGGAUGUGCGUACCAGUCCGAGUAUUUUUUUAACACUAUUAAGGCGUUAUAUUCAUUUGAUUGCCUUGUCCAACUUUGGAGAUGGUUGGAAUUCGACCUGCCAGGGCUGGCUCAUCGGGAAGUUGGCAUUUUCUUCUAACUAUAUUGUGGAAGCCAGAUAUUGGUAUUGCUUUCAUCUUUAUAUGUUUCUCUUUUGUUCCUCUAAUAUAGUAUAGGAGAUAAUUGCAUUGUUUACGAGGGUCCAAAGAAGAAUAACAGGGUGUAGAUAAUUCCCUUCUUUUGUCAGAAGCAGCAGCUUCAGUUCACAUAUAUACAUAUUUUUCUUUUUUGCAA